ACAGCUCACAAUAGAGUCAAUAGCUCUCUCUCUCUCUCCCUCUCUCUCCCACACACACAUACACACAGGCUCAGAGGGCAGCAGCAGUUCACAGACUCAGCCGAAAGACUGUUGACGGGUCGUUCCUCUGAGUUUUGUGUGGCUAUUCAUUAUUUAUAAGACGUUGUUUAUUUGUUUGUCUUGCCACAAUAACUGAGCAGCAGGAUGUCAGGACUAAACAGUGACCAGUUACACCGCUCCACAUUGAGAAUUUACAUGACUCUUAUGGAUCAGUUUAAUCCAAGCUUACAGAGGCUGGUCGCACUGGGAAAAAACUACAUCCAGGCUUACCAAGCUCUAGCUGUGACCAGUGAAGCCUAUUUCAGUGCUCUUGCUAAGAUAGGAGAACAGGCCAUGCAGACUAUGUCAUCUCGUCUACUGGGUGACAUAUUGAUACAGAUUUCUGAGAGCCAGAGGAGACUUACCAGUGAGCUGGAAGGAGUGUUCCGCUGGUUCCAUAGUGAAGUACUUCUGGAAAUGGAGAAUAAUGUCAGGCUGGACAAAGACUACAUCUCAGGCAGUAGGAGGAACUAUGAGAUGGAGGUGAGAAACCAAGCGACAGCUUUAGAGAGACAGCUGAGGAGAGGUGGUUCACAGGACGGUGGUGAAUAUGUGCAGUUCCUAAGGGAGAGUCAGAGAGAGGCACUGAAAGAAGAAGAGAGGAGAUACCGCUUUCUGGCCGAAAAACACUGUGGACUCUCUCAGUCUAUAGUGUAUCUGAUGAACAAGACAGGGGGUGCUCUGCAGCAGAAAGCAGAGGGAUGGAGGGAUCAAGUGAAUCAAACAAGAGCGUCCCGUCCACGCACUCCAUCACGACUGGAGGACAACAUGUUUGAAGAUCAGUCUCGUGCUUUGGCUGAACAACCUUUAGGCAGAGUGCCUUCCAGAGGUCCGUCUCCUCAGCUUGCUCGCUCCCGCUCCAGCUCGUUUGGAGAAUCUCUGGGAUUAGGUGGAGGUAGGGUAAUGCAAGCAUUGGUGCCACACCCAGCCUCCUCUAACUCCACCCUACUGUCAUUCUCCAGAGGAGAAAUGGUCACUGUGCUUGUGGCAGCACCGCGGAAUGGCUGGCUCUACGGCCGCUCGGAAAGUUCCUCACGUCAGGGCUGGUUUCCUGCUUCAUAUGUUGGCCCUGUUGAGGACACGCCUAGACCACCUGACCCCAGUAUCAGCUCACUCAGAAGCAGCAGCAGCAUGAGCAACCUUCUCGACCAAUCAACAAGCAGCAGAAGAAAUGCGGCCCCGCCCCCUCCUCCUCCGCCAUCUUUACAAAUGAAAUCGAACAGCUUCCAGCCUGUCACACCUACUCCUGCAGAAAGCAAAAGACAAGAAGACUUUAGGCCGCGACCAGAGCUUUUUCCCAGAGGCACAAACCCUUUUGCCACAGUGAAGCUGAAACCCACAACAACCAAUGACAGAUCAGCUCCACGCAUAUUGUAACACACCAUCCAAUGAGAGAUCAGCUGACUCCAUCUAAA